CCGCCUGGUAAAUGCUAGCAUGUGCGGCUACUCGGCGGUUGCCAUGGUAACAAUAAACAAGGAGAAUGUCCGGCGCACCGCGCGCUCCUCCACUGAAACUCAACCUGCUCUACAGUCAGUACACCUGCAGACCUCAGCAGCAGUUUGUGUCUGACCAAACCAUGAAUCAGAGUGAGAGAAAAGGUUCCCCUGAAGAAUGAGAGCUAAUGUUAAUACGGAGAGGACCAGGUCCUGUCAGUCGGUCCAGCAGGACCAGGAGGGACACCAGGCUUCUGAUAGAUGCUGCACGCCAUGCCCAGAGAGUGGAGAAACAGAGGGCCGAACUAAUGACCAGAGGGUUACACCUGUGGUCCAGCCGUGCAGGCAAGGUAAAAGCAAAUGCCUGCAAACAGCUACCCCUCCUGAGGGCAGAGUUCAUCAACAUUUGUUCAGCCCACUUGUUCUUAAUCCAGAGAGACUGAGGACAGCCAAAGUAUUUGUGGAUGAGGCCGUCAAGAUGCAUAAGGUAUUCUCUGUCCAGGGCCCUUACCCUGUCAUCAGGGCAGCACUGAGGGCCCGAGGCUGGGUGGAGCAGCGUAUGCAACUCCCAAACCGCCGUACUCAGCGGCAUCACAGCGAGGAGGGCAGAGCUAGCUCCAAUGAUGCUGGUGACAGCGAUGAUGAUGACGACAACUCAGACAGUGUCGAAAAAGAGGAGGAUCCAGGUGAACUCUGUGAUCUCAUGUCUCGUCUGGUGCGGAAUGAAACAGUUCAUUUCUACUGGACAAAUCGUAGAGACGCCAUCAACAGCAACAGCUUGCAGAAAGAACAGAUUAUUAAUCAUUUUGCAAGAGCAGGCAGCUUUGCCACCAAGGUGGGGUUGUGCGUGAACCUGAGGAACCUGCACUGGUUUGAUUCAGCCGACCCAGACACCUUCUUUCCCCGCUGUUACAGACUUUGUGCACAGGAUGAGAAGCAUGCUUUCAUUGAGGACUACAGGAGAACAGCCUGCAUCAGUCUUCUGAAGUACAUUGCGGAGAAGGAGCAGGGUGUUCAGGGAGAGCAAAUGAGCCACAGCAUUCAGGAUCAGAGGAAACCAAGCAAACAGCGAUCCAAGCCUGUGGUCCUUUCCAAAAUGAUUGACAGCGCACUCAAAGUGUGCCAGGACUUCCUGGAGAGUCUCGAGCAUCGCGACAUAGACAAAAGCUUGGAGACACCACCAACACUCACAAAGGAGGAGUGGGCAGAGUUCAUUGACAGUUACUACCUUCUUGUUCAUGGCAGAGCAGAGAUUGACAACACUGAUCACUUUGUGGCCUGCUGCAAAGCCAUGCUGCAGAGGCUGGCGGCGGUCUGUCCACAGCUGGACAUAGAUGGCUUACACAACAUCUGGAUCAUCAAACCAGGAGCAAAGUCCAGAGGCAGAGGUAUCAAAUGCGUCAAGCGUCUGGAUCAGAUCCUCAGGCUGGUGGACGUUGAUCCAACCCUAAUCAAGGAAAGCAAGUGGGUGAUACAGAAGUACCUGGAGCGCCCCUUUCUGGUCCACGGCACCAAGUUUGACUUGAGACAGUGGUUUCUGGUCACUGACUGGAACCCUUUGACCGUGUGGUUCUAUAAGAAGUGUUAUAUGCGCUUUUCUACGCAACCUUACUCAUUGGAUACACUGAACAGCUCUGUCCACCUGUGCAACAACUCCAUCCAGAAGCACCUGAGGCCCUCCCAGCUGCGCCAUGGAGGCAUCCCAGCAGACAACAUGUGGUCGGAUGACCAGUUCAAGACCUUUCUGUCCAGCCAGGGUCGGGAAGGUCAGUGGCAGGAUGAGGUUGUCCCAGGGAUGAAGAAGGCUGUGAUUCAUGCAUUGCAGACAACGCAGGAUCUGAUGGACUCACGCAAAAACACAUUUGAGCUGUAUGGUGCUGACUUCAUGUUAGGACGUGACCUGCGCCCAUGGCUGAUAGAAAUCAAUGCCAGUCCCACUAUGGCUCCUUCCACCCCUGUGACAGCCCGCCUCUGCACUGCUGUGCAGCAAGACACAUUAAGAGUCAUCCUGGAUCGGAGAGCAAACCGCACCGCAAACACUGGAGACUUUCAGCUCAUAUUUAAACAGGCAGCAGUAGAAGUGCCACAGUAUGUCGGAGUCAACCUACUUGUCGAGGGCUUCAGGAUCAAAUGCCCCUGCCCACUUCCUCCACUGAGGUCCUUCACCCGUUCAGCACCGAAACGCAGAGGCUCCAUCAGGGAGAAGAGGCCCGCUGCAGAUAAAACAAAGCGUCUGCCCAAGAUAAAGUCUCAGCUCAAAUCCACCAGCAGCGUGGUUCCACCUCCUUCACUUCCACCUCUUGAGCUGCCUGUGCCCAUCCCUGUUGAAUCCUUCAGACUGCACCUGCCAAUGACCGUGAAAUCCUUCCACCUGCCCUUUAGUGCACAGCCUUACCCUGAAUUUGUACAGAAGAGGAAAUCAGAGGUAUCCAAAGUCUGCUCAAGGAAAGACCAAUGUUCUGCUUUGACUGUAGAGAUUGCUGUACCUAAACAGUCCAGACCAGCAGCCACCAGCACCAUGAGUGCCUAAUAAACUUGCAAAAAAAGGUUUGUUGAGACCA